CGGGCCCAUGGCGAGCACGUCGGCGGAGAUCAUCGCGUUCCUGCUGACCAUCUCGGGAUGGGUGCUGGUGUCCUCCACGCUGCCCACCGACUACUGGAAGGUGUCCACCAUCGAUGGCACGGUCAUCACCACCGCCACCUUUUGGGCCAACCUCUGGAAGACCUGCGUGACCGACUCCACCGGCGUCUCCAACUGCAAGGACUUCCCAUCCAUGCUGGCGCUGGACGGUUACAUCCAAGCCUGCAGAGGAUUGAUGAUCUCCGCUGUCUGUCUGGGCUUCUUCGGUGCCGUUUUUGGACUGGUUGGGAUGAAAUGUACAAAAGUCGGAGGCUCUGAUCAGACUAAAGCAAAAAUAGCUUGUUUAGCUGGACUGAUGUUCAUACUCUCUGGGUUGUGCUCUAUGACUAGUUGUUCCCUGUAUGCAAACAGGAUUACGUCUGAGUUCUUUGACCCUUCUUUUGUUGCACAAAAGUAUGAAUUAGGAGCAGCUUUGUUCAUUGGAUGGGCUGGAGCAUCACUCUGCAUAAUUGGUGGCAUUAUAUUCUGCUUCUCAAUAGCUGAAAACAGUAAUUCUGCAAGGAGGGGCUAUGCCUAUAACGGAGCCACAUCUGUGAUGUCUUCUCGUACAAAGGUGCACAACAGCAUCCCUGACAAAACCCCACCCAAGCACUUUGACAAGAACGCUUAUGUUUAGUUGCACUGUUGGAAGACUCAAAGCGUUUUUGAACUGAUUUUGUACGUUUCAUUCGGAGUGAUUCCCCCCACCCCAAGCCCAAUGUACUUACCACUAAGACAAUGACUUUUAAAAAUAUUAACUUGCAGCUUUUUACAUAUUGAUGUAAAUUUUAUUAUAUAAUAUUUUAAGAUUGAUGUUGGUAUUGUAAAGUUUAUACCUGGAAAUCAUGAGCUGAUGUUGCAUUCUUGAAAAAAAAUAAACAAGGUAUUUACUAAUUCAG